AUGACUGCGGAAUGUCUCUACAAUGCUAUUCUAAGGGUUGAAGCUGAUGCCAUGCAGAUGGUAUAUAUCUUGACUGGUGCCGGUAGUACAACGUUCUGCGCAGAAGCAUUUUUACACCAAAUGAUCAGAAGCAUGAUGAUAUCCAGGGCUAGUGAUGACCUGCAAGCCGUCAACGGAUACAGCUUAGGUCCCAUAUGUCCCUCCCGGCUGAUUGUCCAGAAGCCUGCCAUUCGUGCAAUUAUAGGCCAUGCCGUAACAGGCGGGCUAAAGCUUAGUCUGUUGGCGGAUCUUCGCGUCUUUGAGAAGGAUACAGUCUUUGACGUGGUCUGCCGACGCUGGGGAGCUCCACUAAGUGAUAGGGCAAUAGUCCGACUCCAAGCCAUUGUUAGUCUCGGUCGUACAAUGGGUAUGAUCCUCACCGGCCGGCCAGUCGGGGCUCAGGAGGCGCUCGCCGUGGGUCUUGCAAGCUGUGUAAUUUCCAAGGAGAGCCGCUAA